CACCAUGUGUCGGUCGGUGGCUAAAGAUCUCCACGAUCACAGUGUGCAGCUGAAUCGGUGGUUUCUAAAACCGAUAGGCGCGUGGCCACGAACCUCCGCGACUUCGAGCAGUGAGAAGGCUGUGUCUCGAGUUUUAAUAUUCAUCUGCUACUUCCUAGUAGCCUUCUCCGUGAUACCAUGCGCGCUGAACAUAUGUUUUGAGGAGAAGGACAUCGAGCUGAGACUAAGAGCAAUCGGUCCCCUGAGCCACUGGCUCAUGGGCGGACUCAACUAUUGUUCCUUACUGCUGCACAGCGCUGACAUACAUCGAUGCAUGCGGCAUAUGGAAACGGACUGGCGGAUCAUAAGGCAAUCGCGGGAUCGCGAAAUCAUGGCAAGAAACGCGAGGCUCGGCCGAUUCGUGGCGGGUUUCUGCGCGAUAUUCAUGCACAGCGGCGUGUUCUCUUACAGCAUUAUGUCCAGUUUGACAACAGUGGUGGUGUCGAUCGGAGAUAAUCAGACCGUCUCGAUGCUACAAUUACCUUUUCCUUCUUACAGCAAGUUGAUAGAUACCAGAUUCAGCCCGGCGAAUGAGAUCGUUUUUGCAAUGCAGCUGAUAUCGGGUUUCAUAGUAAACUCCACCAUCGUCGGUGCUUGCAGCUUGGCCGCAGUUUUCGCUAUGCACGCGUGCGGCCAGCUCGACAUUUUGAUCUUACGUCUAAACGGGCUCGUCGAAGAUGGAGAUACGAAAGAAAACGAAUCUGCCCAGCGGAAACUGGCCGAUAUCGUGGAGCAUCAUCUACGUGUUUUAAGGUUUAUAGCAAGCAUCGAAGACGUUAUGCAUCAAAUAUGUCUGGUGGAAUUACUCGGGUGUACAUUUAACUUAUGUAUGCUUGGAUAUUACUCCAUUACGUGGUGGAAUAAAAUUGAUAGAAGGGGCAUAAUGGCGUACAUCAUAGUGUACAUAUCCAUGAGCUUUAAUAUUUUUAUAUUUUGCUACAUAGGUGAAAUUUUAACGCAACAGUGUAAAAAGGUUGGCGAAACAGCAUACAUGACCGACUGGUAUCGCUUACCUCGUAAGACAGCUCUUGGUUUGAUUCUGGUUAUAGCAAGAUCGAGUGCCGUAAUCAAAAUAACUGCAGGAAAAUUAGUUCAACUUUCUAUCGUAACUUUUAGUGACGUUAUCAAAACGUCUCUCGUUUACUUGAAUAUCUUACGAACUGUUACAACGUAAAUCUGUACAUGGUCUAGAAGAAUUUCAACAUUUGUUUGUACUUGUACAGCAUCUUUAAAAUAAAAGCACUCACACAACAAUAUUUGCGUGUCAAGAAAUACUCGUAUAAUAUAAUUUUUUUCGUAUUAAAAAGCCACAUUUGUAGUAUGCAAUCAAAAUCACACGAUUCUUCUGAAAUGCGAAUUAAAUCGCAACUCGCAAUUUGGAGCAACUUUAAAUUCUUCGCAUUCUCUUCUCAAAGUAUAAUUUUCUACAUUUCAUUUCUUGACGGUAUUUUAAU